CAUUCUUCUGACUGCCUGCAGACUGUAUAUUGUGCCAAUUCUACGUAACUGGUCUACGCGGAAUUAACAAACAUGUGGUGGUCUGACCCCGCCAAGGAGGUCCUGAACAUCGUGUUCAAUCGCGUCCUGGCACCUUAUGUUGAGAACCUGGACAUGGGCCAGGUAAACUAUGGGAUCGGACAAGGGCGUGUAACAUUGAGUAACUUGCGCCUAAAGAAGGGCGCCUUGGACAAGUUCAGGCUGCCGGUCGAUGUAAUUGAAGGCCACCUGGGGAAGUUCACCCUCUCGCUGCAUUGGAUGAACCUCGGCAAUCAGCCCGUCGAAGUGAUGAUCGAGGACGUGUACCUGCUUGUGGUGCCGUCGUCGGAAUCAACGUAUGACCCGGAGGAAGAGGAGAGGCGUACGCAGGCCGCUAAGAUGGAGCGAAUUGAAAAUGCCGAAUUGCUGCAUGUGGGCGGGCAGUCGGAUGUAUCGCAAGGGCAAGACUCGCCGCAAUCUCAGGGGCUGAUCUCAUCUCUCAUCACGAAGAUUGUGAACAACCUUCAGGUCUCUGUGAAGAAUAUACAUAUCCGAUAUGAAGACAAAUUGAGUGUCCCAGGACACCCUUUUGCAGCCGGUGCCACAUUGGCUGGAUUCACUGCUUUUUCCGUGAACGAGAAAUGGGAACCAGCAUUCAUUGAUAGCAAGGCCGGCUCCAUUCAUAAACUGGCGAAGUUGGAAUCUCUCGCCUUGUACUUUGACACCGAUGCCAGUAGCAUGGCCGGCUUGUCCCAUACUGACUUCAUCAAGAAGUUCACUGAACAGAUCUCAAAGGGACAACAUCUCCCUGAUCACCAAUUCAUUUUGAAGCCUGUCAGCGGAGAGGGCAGGAUUAUCAUCAACCAUGAACUGAACAAAGAGACUCCGCAAUUUGAUGUACAAUUGCUCUUCGACGAGAUUGGUGUUUUGCUCGACGAUAACCAAUACCGAGACGCUAUCUCCUUAGUGGAUAUGUAUCACUUCUAUGUUCGACAACACCAGUAUCAGCGAUACCGACCGUCUGCGGAAAGGCUGACGGAAGAUCGCCCAAGAGCACUGCUGCAGUUCGCUGGAAAGGCCAUCCUCGAUGAGGUACACGAACGUAAUCGCAAAUGGACGUGGGGGUAUUUCGCCGAACGACGCGACGAUCGACACCGAUAUGUCGAGUUGUUCAAGAAAAAGCAGCUGAACACACUUGUAGAGCCAGACUCAUCCGCCCUUACGGCACUGGAGAAGAAGCUAUCCUAUGAAGACAUUCGGUUCUAUCGCUCUAUCGCGCGUUCCCAGCUCCGGAAGGAUAUGGCGUCACGUAAGAAGCUCGAAGAAGAGAAGAAACAGCAGACGCAGGGAAGUGGUAGCUGGACAAGUUGGAUCUGGGGCUCCUCGGAUACCAGCGGCACGGGGAGUUCGACCUCCGACGAUUCCGCGUUUUCCGGGGAAAUGACGGACGAGCAGCGCAAGGAGCUUUACGAAGUGCUGGACUAUGACGAGAAGGCCGCACUGGCCGAGUCAUUCGAAACUCCCCGAGAUGCGCUGAAGACGCGUGUGGUCGCGCAGCUAAAUCGGGGUUCGCUGGCUCUGAAGACCGAUCCCCACGGUAAAAAUACUGAGGUUAUCUCGGUCGUUUCCGAUGUAUUCCAGGCGACGUUCAUUCAGCGGCCGGAUAACUUCGAGACUUCUCUAUCGUUGGGAGGAUUCGCAGUAUACGAUGGGACGACAAAAAAUACACUCUACCCUCAGAUUGUCCAUGUGCAGCAGCGACAGACCGGCGGUGAUGUGGUAAAGACGCAGGUCAUCGGGGACGAAGAGAAGAUAUCGGAGGUCGUCGACCCGUUCUUGUUUGUCCGCUUCGAGCAGAAUCCGCUCGAUGAGCGUGCGGACAGCGCACUGGAGGUGAAGAUGCGCUAUAUGGAGAUUGUUUAUCACAGAGGCUACGUCGAGGCCAUCUACAAAUUCUUUAAGCCGCCAGCCAGUCAAAUAGAGUCUGUAGAGGCGUUGCUGGAUGCGGCAAGUCAAACACUGGAGGGUCUGCGCAAGGAAACUAGAGCCGGACUGGAGCAUGCUCUCCAGACACACAAGACGAUAGACGUCCACAUGGACUUGAAUGCACCUAUCAUCAUCAUUCCUGAAGACAUUACGACGAAUAAGUGUAAGCACCUGAUGAUCGACGCCGGCCACAUUGCCGUCCGAAGUGAGCUUGGAAACAAGCAGGCCAUUAAGGAGAUACGAGCGAAACGCAAGCAAGAGUAUACGGACGAAGACUACAAGCGGCUGGAGUCUAUGAUGUACGACAGAUUAUCAGUCAACCUCAAGGACGCACAGUUCUUGAUCGGUAAUGAUUUCCAAACGUGUAUGGAUGCACUCACCUCAGAUCGCCACGACAACCUGCACUUGCUGGAGCGCAUAACUCUAGACUUUCAGGUACAAAACUCCAUCGUGCCAACCGUAUAUAGCUUGCCGCGUUUCAAGGUCUCAGGACGUCUGCCGAGUCUCCAGGCCAACUUGUCCGAUAGCAAGUACAAGGCGCUCAUGCGCCUCAUCGACGUCGCGAUACCGAAUUUUGACGACGCGGAAGCGCCCACAAUUCGGCCUACUAUGGGCCCCCAGUUGCCGCAUAAUUUCAGAUUGCCGUCGGGCCUUUUCGGCAACACUGAGACGGAGUAUAACGUGGAAGACGGGGACGACGGUCAGCUCGAGACCGAGAUUGGGUCACCUGAAGACGAAUUCUAUGACGUUGUAGAUGGAGUGCCCAACCCUCCUGCUCUGCGUCAGCAUAUCGUGGAGUUCAACUUCCAGGUGGACAUGCUACGUGCGUCUCUUCAUAAAUCCAAUGCGGAUGGAUCAGAGAGAGCUAUGGGGGAAGUCGCAUUCGAGCGGUUCUCUCUGGACUUCACUAUGAUGAAAUACGUGAUGACAGUCGACGUCAACCUCAGCUCAGUAUCCAUGGAUGUUUUCCAGGCCAGCCAGGAUCCUAUUCGAUGCGUCUCUUCUGCAGCUCCCAACUCAGACGGAGAUCUUUUGAGUCUGCGUUAUGUCCGAGUGCGGCCGGAAUCCCCGGAGUAUAUUGCUGUCUACCAAAGCAUCGAACAAAACGUUGACAUCGCAAUAACCACCUUCGUCUUUCGUGCUGCCCCUGAGCCUGUGUUGUCUUUGUACGAAUUCAUCAUGACGACUUUCGUCCCUGAGAAGACCAAUAAGAUUGCAAGACCUUCUCCGAACGCGGAUUCAGAUGGUCCGCAACCAUCGGAUUCAGAUCCACCAGCGACUGACGUCUCGCCGGGCAAGAUCAAGGUCGCUCUCAGGUUGGCAAGUAUUGAAGAGACUCAUGACCUUCCAGUGAUCCUGAUCAACAACGAUACUCGACUGGCCACGCUGUCGCUCUCAACGGCGGAUGUCUCGAUCUUCCUGCACGCGAACAUGAUGCACAUUGGUGGCAAGCUAGGCAGUCUGGAACUCCGUGACGACUCGCAAGUCGAGACCUCUCGGCCGUCCUUCAAACAGAUCCUUUCAAUCGAGGGAGACGAUUUCGCGAGCUUCCAAUAUCAGACCUUCGACCCUGACGACAAGGAGGCCUAUCGUGGUGUCAAGUCGAUGGUGCACCUGAGAGCUGGAUCACUCAAGCUGCAUUAUCUGGAGGAACCUCUACGUGACAUUUACCUCUUCGGCACUAAGUUAGCAAAACUCAAGGGGCUCUACGAUGCCGCUGCAGAAGCUGCUGUACAACGAGCGCAGGAGAUUGAACGAAUGCAAUUCGAGAUAUCGAUCAAAACUCCUAUCAUUAUCUUCCCGUCAGACCCUCAGCUGUCGUUGGACGUCCUGACUGUACGUCUCGGGGAACUCAGUGCUCGUAACAACUUUGAAGGCUCCGACCAUCGUACAGUUGCUACCCUCCAAGGGAUACGGGUGGCUUCCACUUCAUACAACGGCUCGGAGCUAUCGACGCUCAAACUUGUGGAAGACAUCAACAUUGAUGCUAGGAUAGUUCAGACGAGCAACAUUGAUCGCCUGGUAGACCUCAGCCGACCAGAUACUCAGGUGGAAGUGGACGUUUCCGAUGUUAGGCUCAAUCUUACUCAGAUGCAAUACGGCCUUCUCCUCGGACUAUCUCAGUCCAUUCCACGCGCAUUCACAGGUGUGCUGGAGGAACCUGCUGAUUUCACCCCGGAAUACGAGCCAAGCCCUGUCGAAUCCCUUUCUCCCGCCACCGACUCUACUGUGGAUCUGCAGCCCGAAUUGCGCUUAAAUCAGCUGCCCGAGGGGCCCAAGAUUUGGACCGCCGUGGAUCUUGUCGUUACGAUCGGAUCAGUGAAGCUUCAUCUCUACGACCAUUCCGCGACUGCCGAACAGACUCUCCGAGAGCACGGCAUUGCUCGAUUUGCACUGAACGGGAACAGCCUGAGAAUGAAGGUUCUCUGCAAUGGAUCAUUUGAAGCACAGCUGAUCUUGAAGUCUCUGACCAUGAGCAACACACGACCUGGAAACUCUAGGUUCCGCGAAAUUAUGCCUGCGGCCCAGCAUGAACGAAAUCAAGUCAUGUUGUUGUAUUCAAAACGUGUUGAUGGGUCUGCUCUGGCGGUAGUGACAGUGGAUGCCCCUCAUAUCGUAUUUGCUGUUGAUCCAGUCAUCGCCUUGCUCGAAUUCUUCACGAGUACAUCCUCGCUCGAUAUUGCCUCACAACCUGGACAGGAUAUUGGCAACGACCAAGACACUUUAGCACAACCCACACCCACACGUAUUGACUUCCGGUUCGAUGUACACGAUGCCUCCGUUAGCGUUCUUCAGAAUGAUGCGGACCCGGAAUCGCAAGCUAUCCACUUAUCGAUCAAGCAGGUGUCGUUAUCGCAACAGGGAAUUCUUGCGCUCGGGGUAGAGCGCCUCGGAAUGUCUCUGAUGCAAAUGGGCACUGACGCUGCAGACAGCGUUCGAUUCAUGGAUGACGUGGACUUGACAGUGUCCUUGGACAGCCGAUCGAGCUCUUACCAAAGAUCUACGAACCUGGCGGUUUCUUUCAAACCAGUAGUUUUCCGGGCAUCAUACCGAGAUAUCGACCUUAUCAUGAACAUCGUGAACAGGGCUGUAGAGCUGUAUGGCCAGUCCGUCCAACAUCCACAGGAAUCAGGAAAGCUCCAAGCCCCGACUGCUAUGUCUACACCGGCGCAACGACCGGUGUCGUCACGAACUCAACCAUCGAGAAUCUCAAAGUCCAGGAAUCGUCAAAGCGGCCGGGCGCAAGUAUUGACAUCCAAAGAGCUGUUUCAAGGGUCAUUUGAUGGUCUUCGUCUAGUUCUGAUUGGAGAUCUGCAUGAGCAACCGCUGUUGCAUCUGAAAGUGAAACCGUUCAUUGUAGGUGCAAAAGACUGGUCAGGAGAGCUACGAGCUACAUCGACGUUGGCGAUACAUACGAGUUACUGGAAUAUUUCGAACUCGCACUGGGAACCACUGAUUGACCCAUGGACGUUCACUACAGCAGUAUGUGGGCAUAUUCGUAGUAAUCAGACGAGUGGAUUAACGGUGAAUUUGACCGCAAAAGAACGGCUAGACGUCAAUGUCACGACAACAUUCGUUGAAUUGGCUCUUGCUACGGUCAAGAUGAUUGGUCAGGAAGGUGAAACCGUUCUUCGGAGUGCAAGAGGGAGCUAUGCCCCGUAUCGCAUUCAGAAUCGCACGGGUUGUUCAAUCUUUGUUUGGUCGGACCUCGAUGGCAGCGAUCAACUUAGGGACAACACCGGUAGACAGGUCGCCAGCGGGAAGACGAUUGAUUGGCGAUUUGACGAUUGGAAGACUAUGCGUGAGCAUACUACCUCCAGUGGACGCGCGAGCAUAGGGCUCCAGUUCACGGGAAAAUCCUGGGAGCAUCUACGCAGUAUCCCAGUUGAUAGGGAGGGCGAGUUCACCUUUUCUCUGAGACCUAGAACAGAGAAGCUUGCCUAUCGCUUGCUCGUGGAGGUCCAGGUCCAGGAAAACACCAAGGUUGUAACUUUACGCUCAGUAUAUCAAGUCAUCAACGAGACAUUGUAUCCCCUGGAGUUGACGCUCGUGGACGAUGCUGGCCAGCCAAUGUAUUCAGUGGAAAAAAUAGGUAUGAUCCAACAAUAUGCACUGGAGGAUGAAGCCAUGAUAUUGUUAACAAACCCCCCAGAGGGCUUUGGAUAUAAAUGGUCGUCGGCUAUCCGCUGGGAGGAUCUGACGUCAAAACGUCGGCUGGCCCUCAGGUGUCCACAUGCUGACCCAGCCGAAGCCGCUUUCCGGUUCCAAGUAUAUGCAGACGUUGAAGUCAGCGAUAUAUCCAUACGUAAAAUACCUCGGAUCAACUUGAAGCUGCGAGCACCAAUUGAACUGGAGAACCUGCUGCCCUACAAUCUGGAAUAUCGGAUAUACGAUAAGGACACCGAUCAGAACUGGCGUAGCUAUCUGCGCAAAGGAGGCGUCAUGCCAGUACACUCGGUUGAGCUCGGUCAUCUUAUUCUACUUAAUGUCUGCGUUCAGGACACACCAUUCAAGCAGAGUGAAUUCGCUAUCAUCAACACCGACGGAAGUUCUGACUUCGAUGUCGAGAGCCGGUUGAUCCUGCGAGACAAUACGGAUCGCAAGCUCGACCUCAGACUUAACUACGUGCGACAGCCGGACGGCGGCGGGUCCUUCAAGGUCCAGAUAUAUUCUCCUUACCUGGUGAUCAACAAGACCCAAAUGCCCUUCGCCGUUCGACCUGGCCGUUCCACGCGUAUUGGGGGAUGGCAAGAUAUGGCAGGAGAGACCAGGCCCGUACUGUCCCACCCCAGCGAGCAAGGCAGAGAUUUUAGCUUCAAGGUCGGCGAUUCAACGUGGUCCCAGGUGGUCAACUUGGAGGCGCCAGCAGCUGAUACCCGUUUGAUCAUACUUGCACAAGGGAGACGAGCGGAAGAGGUUCACAUAGGAUUAUCAUGGGCAGAAGGUCUCGGGAAGUAUAAAUUGACAAAGGUCAUCACAUUGGCACCCAGAUUCGUCAUCAAGAACAACUUCCAUGGAACUAUUGCAUUUCGCGAACACGGAGUUCCUCCGCGCGCCCGCUCUACCCUUGACUCGGGAGAGCGAUGCCCGCUUCAAUCUCUACGAGCUGGUGAAGAAAAGCUCUUAACAGUUGCAUUCCCAGGUCUUGACGCGCAAUGGUCUGCUCCGAUCAAUAUGGAGGACAUUGGCUCAGUACAUUUCCGUCUUCGGAAACCUGCCGCGGAAUCACAUGAGCAGUAUCUGAUGAGAGCUGAUGUCAAGAUGGAAGGCUCGACUAUUUUUGUGUUCAUCGCAGAGGCUACGGAAGGCUGGCCUUUCAUUAUUGAGAACGACAGUGAUUACACGUUCACACUCUAUCAAACGGAUCAAAAUCGCAGCGAAAGCGAACCCUCCAAGAGAUCCGUGCCCAAUUAUCCUGUGCCUAGGAAGUCCAGCCUUGAUUAUGCUUGGGACUAUCCCGCUGCCAGGGAGAAACGAUUGGUCCUCACUAUCAACAAAUCUCGUCGCGCCAUCGACGUCAUGGAGAUCGGUGACCUUGUGCCUUUCAGAUUCUCCGAGACACAAGGUGUUCGUGCCGUCUCUCUGGACGUCCGCGCGGAUGCGCACAAGCAAGUGUUGCGCAUUAGCAAUUACAAUCCAGAGCGAAGCCUUUAUAGACCAAAGCGCAGUAAUUCAGUCUCUUUGAUGCGGCAAGACACCAUGAGCAGCAGUCAGGACGCCUUUGAAGCUGUGCAAGAGGAGGUCCAUCCCGAAAUGGUCGUUUCGCUGGAUGUUGAAGGCGUAGGCAUAUCCUUGAUUAACAGGAAGAUGACAGAAGUCGUCUACCUCUCAGCGAAUGCGUUGAAAUUCGAAUUCGUUGACAGUGCGGUGUCGCAAAGUGUCAAUGUAUCGUGCGGUGUUCUGCAGAUAGACAACCAGCUGCACGACGGUCUUUUCCCUGUCGUCCUACAACCUACUCCAAUUUCGAAGGAAUCGAGUGGAGUCGCCUCGCUUCCGACGAUACAGGGGUCAAUGAUAUGGUUGAAGGAUCGAGAGCACGGUGUCUUCUUCGUCAAGUACUGCUCGAUUCUCCUGCAAGCACUAACAAUCGAAGCGGACGAAGACUUCUUGUAUGCUCUCUAUGACCUCACUCGCAUCAAGGGUCUUUCUUGGGGAGAAGGCCAGGAAGACGUUUUGAUACAGACACCUAACGAUAUUCCUGAGCCUCAAGCAUUCUCAGCAGGUGAAGAGCUGUACUUCGAAGUCCUUGAGCUGCAGCCCAUCAAGCUCUCGAUCUCGUUCAUGCGUACAGAGAGGCUGAAUGGAGAGGAUACGCUUACCACACGGAAUCCCCUUGCGGUCGUGAUAAACGCCAUCACGAUGGCCGUCGGGAAUAUCAAUGAUGCACAACUCGAGAUGAAUGCGUUAGCGAUCAAGGAUAUGCGCCUGACAUUCCCGGAUCUCCAAGACCGUAUCAUGCACCAUUAUCGCCAGGAAGUCCUUCGUCAAUUGUACCGUGUCUUGGGAUCGGCAGACUUCAUCGGUAACCCCGUUGGAUUGUUCAAUAAUGUUAGUUCCGGGGUGGCAGAUAUAUUCUACGAGCCUUUCAACGGAGCAGUGAUGCAUGGUAACUCUGAUCUCGGUGUUGGGAUUGCGAAGGGAGCUGCCAGUUUUGUGAAGAAAACGGUCUUUGGCUUCUCCGACAGCAUGACAAAGUUCACGAGCAGUGUAGGCAAAGGACUCUCUGCGACGACAUUCGAUCCCGAAUAUCAAUUACGUCGGCGUAUGAACCAGAGACGAAAUCGUCCCCGUCAUGCAAUAUAUGGCGUGACAGCGGGAGCCGAGGCCUUUGCUAGCAGCAUUGCCAGUGGAAUGGAAGGGGUCAUAAUGAAGCCGUUGGAAGGGGCGGAGACGGAAGGAGCGAAAGGUUUCUUCAAGGGUGUUGGCAAGGGACUUAUUGGGGCUGUCACCAAACCUGUUGUUGGCGUAUUUGAUCUCGCCGCUAAUCUCAGUGAAGGUAUUCGGAACACCACUACCGUUUUUGACAACCCUGCCAGGGAUCGCGUACGGCUACCACGUCUCAUACCAACUGAUGGUGUCCUCGUUUCCUAUUCCGAGCGGGAAUCCUUGGGACAGUACUGGAUGAAGGAUCUCAAUAAUGGUGCUUACCGCAACGAGUUGUAUGUUGCACACAUCAACCUUCCUGGAAACGACAACGUGGUACUACUGACUGCAUCCCGCGUCUUAUCAUUUUGGUCGAACAAGCUACGACUGGAAUGGGAACUUCCGUUCACGCUGAUUCAAGGCGUUACGAUCGAGGACUCCGGGAUUCGAUUUGCACACAAGACUGGCAGAGAUCAUGACCAGUUCGUAUCCAUACCGGACAAAACGUCCCAGGCCUGGUUCUUCAGUCAAGUGGCGACUGUUGUAAAAGCAUUCAAUGCCCGUCGACGCAUGGACUCAUAA